UUGAUUAAUAUAUCACUAAAUAAUCGCUUGGUUAGAGCACAGUUAACUUUAAAAUGACAUUUCAGUCCUUGCGAUUACUUGCUUGGUCUUUAUAUUUUGUUGUCGUGCAACAAUUUGGCUUUAAAACAAGCGAUGAUAUCAGUUCUCAAAAUAAUACGUUGGUACUUGUGCACGUACUUUUCAGGCAUGGAAAUAGGACUGUUAACGGUUUUGAGGAAUUGUACCCAAAAGAUCCGUAUUUGAAUGAAACAUAUUUUCCAUUUGGUCUUGGUCAAUUAACAACUGCUGGUAAAAUAAAAGAGUACAAUAUCGGAACAGCAUUACGGAAAAGGUACAACGAAUUUCUGGGACCCUAUUAUUAUCCAGAUAUUGUUGAAAGUUGGAGUACGGAUUACAAUAGAACAAAAGCGUCUUUAGAGCUAGUUUUAGCUGGGUUAUUCCCUCCUCACAAGGAAGAAGUGUGGAAUCAACAGUUAUUGUGGCAACCUAUUCCUUACAACUAUUAUCCUGCUGCACAAGAUAAAGUUUUAUUAGGAGUUACUUGUCCUUACUAUUUAGAAUUAUAUGAUCAAGAAGUCCAAUUGCACCGUGACCGCAACAUGUUUGAUAAAUACAACAACAUUUUUCAAUAUAUUUCUAAUCAUACUGGUCUUAACGUUACGAAAUAUUUAGAUGUGUAUAAUUUAUAUUUCGGGCUUGGAACAGAAGAAGAAUGGGGUUUUGAAUUACCAGAAUGGACGAAACCAGUAUGGCCGCAAACUAUUGUUGACUUAACUAUAAAUGAAUAUUUUAUAUCAACAGCUACUACAGAAAUGAAUCGUAUGGCGUCUGGAUACUUUUUACAAAAAGUAGUGAGUGAUUCAUUUUCCAAAAUUAACAACAUUAAAUCUGGUAGAAAAGUAUAUCUAUAUUCUGCCCACGAAAAUAACAUCGCUGAGCUUUUGAUACUUCUGGGAAUUUUUGAACCGCUACAUAUACCCGAUUAUGGUUCAUAUGUAAUGUUUGAAAUUCACAAAAUUAACAACGAACAUGGUGUCAAAAUCUAUUACGAAAAUUAUGUAGCAAAUGGACCUCAACUUUUGAAGUUACCAGGAUGUGAUACCUUCUGUGAAAUUACAAAAUUUGUAUCUUUAAUCGAGGAAUAUUUUCCACCUGACGAUUUAUGUUAUAAAAGUCAAAAGAGUCAUAAUUACCAAUAACAGGAAGUAUAGGUAUUCUAAAAUACAACCAGUUUUAAGUUAAUAAGGAUUCUAAAGAUUUUGGCCUCUUUAACGUUCAUUGUGCUACCAUUAAUAAAUACUAGGUACCAACUAUUAAAAGUUUAAU